GGUAAAGCCCUUCGAUUUCAAAGCAUGUUUUCAAUUGUUUUUGAGAUGGUGGCAAGGUUAAAUUGAUUUUAAAUCAGUUUUAUCAGUAUUUGGGUGUGAUUAAACUGAAAUGGAAAAGUGUGAUGAUUUUAUGGGAAUUUCAUUGUUUUUCGGGAAUUGAGCGUGAUUAGCAUGAACACGGGAAUUUCAUUGUUUUUCUGGAAUUGAGCAUGAUUGGAAUGAAAUUGUUUUUGUUGCAUUGAGUUGAGCAUGCCUAUUUGGAAUUGACUGAACUGUUUUGAUGGACUGAGAGUUGUAAAUGUUGAGCUUUCUGUUAAAUCCAUGGUCACAUGGAAAUUUUUCGGUUUAUGUCUGAGAUUUGAGAUUGAUUGUGAAUGAUGAAUUUUUCUGGAAAUCCUGCAUGGUUCUGUCUCGGAUAUAGUCAUGAUUACUGUGCCCGCUAGUGGGAGGUUUAUAAACGCUAGCACAUGUCGACAUGUAUUUCUGUAGAACCGGUUCACCCUGCCAAUGGGGUUAAACACUGGCACUACCUGACGCCUGCCAGUGGGAGUGUUUUAAACACUGGCCAUGACUUAUAGAUGAGACUACUGAUGAGUUUUAUCAUGCAGGAAUGGUUUAUCAUUGAAAGUUCUGUUAUGUUUACAUGGUUUAUCUGGCAUGCUAAAGUUUUUACCGAGGGCUAUCCAUAUUUACUUACUGAGUUAUCUCAUAGUUUUCCUUGUCCACCAUUUCAGGAAUCGAAACCGAGGACGAGGAAACCAAGGGGAGUGACGAGGUAGAAGGCUAGCCAUUCGAAUUGGAUAUAAGUUUAGAUUUUAUCAUCCUUUAGUAAAAUUGAUUUUAUUCUUGAGAUUUUGGUGAUUUGAAUAAGUUCCGAGCCUUGUG